AUGGCUUCACGGACUGGCGUGUCCGUGUCUCAGUUCGCCGAGCGGUUCUACCAAUCAUGGAUGAACCCUCGAGGAAUCACAAAAGCCGGGGAACCGAAUUUGUUAAGCCUUGCCUCAAUUAAGCUGCCAUGGAAGAUAGGUCUCGCCAUUAGCGGUGGUGCCGAUUCCAUGGCCCUCGCAUUACUGUGUAAACAGAUGGAAGAGCUGUCUGACCCUGGGACGGUCUCCUUUACAGCCUUUCUGGUUGAUCAUCGAGCCCGCCCAGAAAGCAGCCAGGAGGCCAACAUGGUGGCUGGCUGGCUACGUGACAUGGGUAUCAAAACAAAGGUUAUAAAGCUAGACUGGCGUUCCACUUCUGCAAAAGCUGCAGAUGCCGAUCCAAUACAAAUGCCAUCUGCAUUUGAAACCAACGCUCGCAUGCUGCGGUAUCAAGCUCUCGGCAAAGCUUGCCUCCAGGAUGACAUCAAUACUAUCCUACUUGGCCACCAUCAGGAUGACAACGUUGAAACGGCCAUCUCGAGACUAUGCAGUGGAGCUCGUGGCGCUGCUCUUGGAGGAAUCUCCGAGAUAGCGAGAAUUCCCGAAUGUCAUGGUCUCUGGGGUAUAUCUGAAGGCGCUUCAUAUGCAAAGCUGCUUGGAACACGAAAGAGCGAUGCUCUUCCUGUAAAAGUUCGCAUUCUAGACACCAACAGAGGUACCAUCAGUUUCUAUACUACAGGAGAAAUCCCGGUAUAUCCAAAAAAACAACCGCAGUCUCAAAAUGACCAACCACUAUGGCUAUCAUUACAACCGCCAUUCAGUUCUUCACCACUCCUGACUGCAACCGGGGGCAUUUUUCUCUGUCGGCCCCUUCUUUCCUUCCCCAAGGCUCGGCUGGUCCAAACCUGCGAAGAAAACAAGGUUCCCUAUGUCUCCGAUCCCACUAAUUUCGACCCUACCCUCACUACACGCAACACUAUCCGGCACCUCCUCUCUAACAAUGCCCUCCCCCGUGCAUUGCAACCUGCAUCUAUUCUUUCUCUCAUUAAGACCGGCCAGGAUAUUCUUCAAAAAACAAAUGAUCUUUCUGAUGAAAUGCUUGCGUCGCGAUGCCGUAUCCUCGAUUUCAAUCCCAGGGCGGGAAGUCUCGCGAUCGAAUUCAAGAAUACAGCUGCGCGGGAUAGCAAAUCCCACGCCCUUGAUCGCAAGAUCCUAUCAAGUGUCAUACGUCGCGUUACGGACUUGAUAUCGGCUGCCCCUGCACACAACUACGCUCUCAACCGUUAUGACCCAUUUGUGUCCAAUAUUUUCCCUGAUGCCAGGGACACCGACGCUCUGAACAAGUAUUUUGAGGACAGAAAGCCCUUUAAUGUUGGGGGUGUGUUGUUCAGCCCUCUCAACCCGAAAUCCAAGAUGAACCCUACUACAGCCACGCCCGAAUUAUUGGCAUCCCUACCUAGCAUGAAUACCUGGGGACUCUCCCGCGCGCCAUAUAUGAGAAACCGGAAGCCAAUCAUCGAGUUCAAAAAAGAUACCUGGAAACUGUGGGAUUGUCGACAUUGGCUUCGGUUUACCUUGGAACCCGACUUGACUUCCAACCUCCAGGCAUCUGUUGGUUUGAAACCGCCUAUUCUUGUUGUUCGUCCGUUCGAAAAAUCCGAUCUCGACAGGAUUCUUCAUGACGACGGAACGUUGGCAGGAGAGAAACACGGGAGGGUAGCUCCUGCAGCCUCAGAUGUCUGGAAAUAUAUUAAAGACAUACUUGCACUGGAGGCUGACGGUCCAGCUCGGUUCACAAUUCCCGUCUUGACAUUGGAGGAAUCGAGUCUCUCUGAACCGACAGAGACUCCUGAGCACCUACUGUUGAUGCCAACUUUUGGCAUGUGUCUAUCCGGUUUGAAAAAGGGGCCGGCCUUUAAUGAGAUGAGUUUCUUCUGGAAAGGAGUUUGGUGGAAUUUGACCUGGGAUUGGAUGUACAAAAUGAUUGACACCGAGGCGGUGCGCCUAAUGAGCGGGCCAAGUGUGAAUGAUGAGCCUACCGAGUAUGGUACAAAAUUCUAG